AUGGCAAAUAAGCUCAUGAGAUUAGAGGGUAAAGUAGCUGUAAUAACAGGUGGUGCAAGUGGCAUCGGUGAAGCAACUGCGAGAUUGUUCGUUGAACAUGGUGCCCGUGUUGUCAUCGCCGACAUUCAGGAUGAACUUGCUCUCCAAGUCGUCUCCUCCAUCGGAACAGACAAUGUCUGCUACAGACACUGUGAUGUAACCGACGAGAAACAAGUAGAAGAAACUGUCGCCUUCGCUGUCCAAAAAUACGGUACCCUCAACAUCAUGUUCAGCAACGCCGGCAUCCUCGGCUCCUUCGGGAGUUUACUCGAAAUGGAUAUGGCGGUAUUUGACAGGACAAUAGCUGUUAACACGCGGGGAGCCGCGUCAGCCGUGAAGCACGCGGCUAGAGUCAUGGUAGCUAAAAAAAUCCGCGGCUCUAUCAUAUGUACGGCUAGUGUAGAGUCUAUCCUAGCCGGUACAGGUCCGUUACCCUACGUGGUGUCGAAGCACGGCAUCCUAGCGGUGGUGAAAUCGGCGGCGCGUGAGCCGGGGCAACAUGGAAUUAGGGUGAAUUGUAUAUCGCCUCACGGCAUCGCCACGCCGAUGGUGUGCAAAUCGGUUGGAGCUGAUGCCGCCAGCGUUGAAGCUACAGUAUAUAGAAAUGCUAAUUUGAAAGGCGUUACUCUAAACACGAAGCAUAUAGCAGAAGCAGCUCUAUUCUUGGCUUCGGAUGAAUCGGCUUACAUUAGUGCUCAGAAUUUAGCUGUUGAUGGUGGACUUAGUUCUAUCAUGAGACCAUUAAAUUAA